GUAAAAAUUGGAAAUUUUACGAAUCACCCUUGGAAGUGUAUGUUUACCGUCAUAAAUAUAAGACAAAAAUUCGCACAAUUAAAAAAUGUUUCAGUCACCUGAAUAUUGUAGAUCUUUGUCACUGAAAUUAUCUGAGGUAUUAGAGGAUGUUGGUGUUAAUGAGAAAAUGGUGACGAGAAGAAGAAGAAUGUUCAUGCUGAGGGAGAGUUUAGACACGAUUACAUCCAGAUUAAUUGGUGAAAAGACAACUGUAUAUCAUCUUGGGAGUCAGUCUGAAGGUACCACUACUAUAGGACUUUGUUCAGAUCUUGACAUGGUCAUUGUAGAUUAUGACUAUAAUGUGAUACAAGACUGGGCAGAGUGGGAACAAAGUAAGAGAAAAUCUUCUUAUGAUACAGGAUGAGAAUGUAACACCAGGAUAUUGUUUUCUACAACUACUUCGAUCUGAUGAACCUCUUUUUGAGACAAACAUUCCUCAUGAACAUUACAUAAGAGAUAGCAUAGGGAGAAUAAUAUUAAGAAAUACAUUCCGAACAAGCUUUAAGCGAGAAAAUACUGAGCGACAUGGGCCAUCAAAUGCUGUCUCCAGGGUAAAAGGAUACCACGAACUUCACAUUGUAUUUGCUUUCCCUUGUAAUUCACAACUUCAACAUUUCCUAGAAAGACCCGGUGUUAUGAGGUGGUUAUCAUCUGAAAGUGUCAGAUAUGCUGCUAGCUGUGAUUGUUUUGUUGUUGGUACUAGUAGCAAGAUUGCUACUUAUCCAGAAAUAGAGUGGAGAAUAUCUACUUCUCUACUAGAGAGAUGUUUGAUGUUCAAUUUAAAUAUUACGCAAUUACAAUGCUAUGUUUUAAUGAAAAUUAUUUUGAAAAACAUUCUGAAUCCCCACACAGUGAAUGCUCUGUCAAGUUUUAUGUGCAAAACAGUUUUAUUGCAUUGUAUAGAAAAUACAGAACAAAACAUAUGGAAAAGGGACAAUCUUUUUAUAUGUUUAUCUUACUGCUUGCUUGAACUCAAUAGCCAUCUUCAAAAUGAAAAUUGCCCGCAUUUCAUUAUUUCUGAUAACAACUUAAUGGCCGGACAAUUUACAGCUGAAGAGAAGCGAGACGUUUUACAGAAAUUAUGUGACAUAAUACAGAGCGAUGGAAGAUGUUUUCUACGAAUAAGCAUGGAUAAUAUUAGCCAGAGACUACAAGUCAAACUGAGUACAAUUGUUCAUUUUGCGUGUAGUUUUCAAACCUCGCUGGAAAUAUAUGAACACUGUUCGUCUAGUCUUUUCUUCAGCUUCAUGAAACUGAUAAGCGGAUGGCUAUUACAUAUUUUCAAGUGUUUGUCAAAUGGCCACAUAUGUAAUCACAAACAAAUUAUCUUAAGGCUAAAAUACUACAGUGGAGAGGGAAAUAGACUUGAACAGCUUGCAAGUCGUUAUAUGGCACCAUUUCUUUGUUCUACACUAGGCCUAAUCAUGGAGUCAUCAAGUAUUGAACACAAUAAUCUAGUUCAAUAUGAAGCACUAAAGUGGCUGUCAUUGGGUUUAAACUCAGAUGUCACAUCUGGCAGACUUAAACUAGCUUCAAUGUUCUACUGUGUAGGUGAUAUGGAUAGAGCAAAGUUCAUUCUGAGACAAACAGAAAGUCGGUAUAACUCCACUGUUGUUGAACCUGUAUGUGGCUGCUGGUUAUAUCCACAUACAAUUCGGUCUGCUGAAUUUAAGAGAAAAUGCAGUGAACUAAGUGAAAAUUGCAUCAAUAGUAUCACAUCAUGUUGUGUCAAAUUCCUGCAGGCAGAAGUAAAUUGUGUGCCUCGAGAAUUGCGGUAUGAAAUGAUGAGAUCUACUCAAGAUGAUAUGCCAUAUAGAAGUAUGUUCGAAAUUCUAUGGAUGAACUAUGCUGUUGUUGAUUCCCUCCCUUAUCUAUACUUUUUACAGUACAAAACAUACGGUCAUCUGCAAAGACAACAGGAUCAACAACGGGCACUUAGUAACCUUGUGGAGGUUAUCUUUACAGGAAGAAACUUUGGUCACAGGGAGACAGCUCUCAACCUUCUCGGCCAAUGUUUGGAAGAAGAGGACAAACCAAGGGAAGCGUUACAGUGCUACAUGUGUUCCCUUCAACAAAAGAGAACGAAAUAA